AUGACGCACGAUGGGACCAACUUGUUCCAGAUCCGUCGCAUCUUUUGCUUCCCCACGUCGUCUCUACGUUCAAAUAAUGGCUCAAUUCCAGCUCUUCACAUCACAUCUAUGGCUGUUCAUACAUUAGAGAAGAAACAACUGCUUGCAGUGGCUGUUUGUGAAGAAUUGCCACCAAAAGAACGUUCGUACAAGGACGACGUCAGUUCCAUUGGUCCUGCAGACGCCAAAUUGAAUUUUCUACUCGUUCGAACAAUUGAAGAAGAUAAAGUCACCCGGUUUUGGAAAUUUCCCAUUUGUUCCAGUCCAAAACAAGAAAAAACGGGCAAAUCCGAACGUCUUUUGGCACUUGAAUUCAGUCCAGAAGGUGAUUGGCUUGCGGCCUUAUCGCCACGAAAAAAUCGGCUCCAUUUGAUUCCAGUAUUGACAUUAAUAACCAAUCAGCGUCGUGCAAUGCUCGACGCGUCGUAUCAUCCAACGUCACAUAAUCGGGAACUUAUGAAUGUUCAUCAAGGAGCAAUGACAAUACAAAUGGCAUCAUAUCUUCGAGCUACAAAUGAAUAUGGAGGACUUAAUGGAGCACGAUAUCAUUCACAAGUCACAGGAGAUGAUGCACAAAUGAGUAUAUUGGAAUUUGCACCAGGAAUUGGAGAAAUUACAUGUAUCAGAUGGUGGAGAUCACUUAAUGGCAAGAAUUAUUGUCUUGUGGGAGGGACGGAGAGUUUAAUUUCAAUUGUUAAUGUGGAGGAAAAUGCCGAAGAAUGUCGAUGCGAAUUGGUGAAUGCAGGCAUGAUUGUAAGUAUUGAGUUACUUCAGGAGACUUUCAAAAAGGAACGCAGGACGUCCAUGUUGGUCAAGACGAAAACGGAUGAGAUUGAUGACAAGGAGAAGCAAGCAGGUGGAACAGGUGUGAGGUAUUAUCGUGUUGUGCUGGAGAAAAAAAUUCAAAUGAGACCAAAAGUGCCGUCUAAGGAGGAGAAAGUGAAUCAGGAGGAAGAGACGACGUCUACCACGUCAACACUUACGAUUGUGACGACAACUGGCGGAUCAUCAUCUUCAAGUGAGACAAACUUUACGACGACCAAUAGUGGAGGCGGAUUGUCAAGCUCGUUCAGUGCUGCAAAAGCGCCAGAGUUUGUUGUCAAGACAUUCCCGCAGCACUUUCUCCAGGAUGUUGAUUUUCGUCCGCAACGCAUCAAGAAGAAUUCGCCACAGGUGUGUUUGUAUCCUAUCAAUGGUUUGCUGAGCUCAGAAUCGUCGCUGGCGCUGUACGAUUGCAAGAAGAAAAAGGUUAAUCUUUAUUCCAACUUUCAUUGGAAACUGAAAGGCGAGUAUGAGAUUCCUGAUCUUAACACCGAAAGCAGCGGAAGUAAUGGUGGGCAGCAGGAAGGAGAGGAAGGACCAGGUGAAGAAAAAGAUGAAAUCGUGGACGUGGACUUGACUUACUGUUCGACAGAUCUUAUGCUGCUUCAAGGCCGCAUGUCCAAGUCUAACAAGACGAUUUCAACGUGGGUUUCUCUUCCGUCCAAUCAGGGAAUGGACGAAGACGUCGUCAGAGCACAUAUUGUGCACUAUCUUUCGCUGCAUGGGAAUGAAAAGAUUGAACGCGUGGUACAAAGCACGGCUCGAAGUAGUGGUAGCGCGCAUCGUAGUGAUGCUAGUGGCUGCCGUAGUGGCGGCCAAGCAGGCGAAGCAGAGAUUAUCUUUAUUCUUCAAACGAAGCACCACGUUUAUGAGUGUCGACCCCAAUGGUCUCGUUUAGCGCUUUUUAAGGCGCUGUGUGCGCGAAGUAUAGCACUUCGGGAUGCGUUAUCAAUCGGUUAUGCGCUCGGUAUUGAUAUGGCUUCCUUAUGUCAGGUCGUCGCAAACGCCUUGUACACCAAUGUGAUUGAUGGUAGUGCAACUGCAGAUGCACAACUUGUGCAGUGGGUGCGCGAGCUUUUUGAGGUAUCACGAGUCAUGCCAUCCAGUGCAGUAGAACAGUUGACCGCGAUGGGUGGUGUGCAGAGUGCUAUUGACUAUGCUCAGCACGUGCUUUCCAAGCCGGGGAUAUACGACGAAUCGGAAAGAGGACGUGUCGCUUUUUUGCUGGUGGAUUUGGCGCUGCAGCAGCAACUUCAAAAAGGCACAUCACUGGGCGCUGAAGCAAAUGCACAAGAAAAGCAAGAUGAAGAACAGGAGGCGUGGCUUGUAAAGUUUUUGGAGACUAACGGUGAUUAUGUAACCACCGAUAUCGUGGAUCUCUGUCUAUCGCAACACCACGUGGAUAAAGCUAUCCUUGUUGCAACUCGGCGGGACGAAUUACUACAAGUUCUUGAGAAAAUCGUUCAUGAAGGUCUGGCCUCUUCUGUGUCCGAGCAAAUACUGCGCUCUCUGCUUGAAUCGGGUCAUGCUGCUGCGUUUACAUCUCCACCUAGUCGCUUGAUUUUGCGUACAUUUCCGAUCGAGGUUCAAGCAGAAGUUUUGUUGGCCUAUCCGCCAGCUAUCCUUCAGCAUCGUGGAUGGCUUGAGCGAAACUUGCCUUUGAUCUCUCGAAAGCUUUGCCGUGAGCUCGCUGCCAAGAUUGAUCCUACGCAUCCGGAAAACAAUGAGUAUAUGGCUUCUGCAACAGCGGACGAAUCUUCGCCAGAAAAGUCUAAGACGCAUUCUGAUGUUUCUACGUCCGAGUUCAUUCGAGUGUCCCCUGAAGAGCAGGUCGAGCUCUAUCUGACAUUGCUGCUCCGAUUGAAUUGCGAUGUUGAUGGAUCACGAGAACAACUAACAAGUAACGAUGCUGAAAGUGAUGGAGCGUACUCGCAAGCUAAGCUGGAGGUGCUCAUGAAGGACUUAGCUGCCCAGUAUCGCCCGCCUAUCAUGGUGGCUCGAUGUGUUGAUUACGAGAAUUGGACUGCAGCUGCCUGUAUUUAUGAAGCGCACGGAGAGUUGGUGGAAGCGCUUGAGUGUCGACUGCAUUCGCACAAUGCACCCAGUGCGCUGCCGCAUUUGACAUCCGUCGACGGGACAACAAAUGGUAUUACUCUUCACCGCCAGCACUUCGACGAUUCGAUUGACAGUGCCAUGUCUGAUGAAUUAGACUUUCACGAGCAAAUGCGGGAGGAGCUGUUGGGGUUGCUGACAUCGCUAGUCGUGCAAAGCCAUAGCUCGAAAGUCAUCUCGGAGCAAGUUCGAGCUGCUAUCCUUGCGCGAAUUCUGGUCAAAUGGUUUGACUAUGGGCUAGAAAGCACCGUGCUGGAGGGCUUUCUCAUUGGCCCCGAUGUAUUUAUACAUGUGUCCUCUUUGAUGGCCCAGAUCUUCUUUUCCGAGGUCGCACAAUCCAUUGUAGGACCUGACGUUGGCGGACUUGAAGGCAGUCACGGUUUUGAUGACCGGGAUAAGGAAUGGGUGCUGAAGUGCCAGCAGCUUCCGUACUCGGGGCAGUUCCUCUUCCGAGUGUGCGUGUCUUUUUUGGAGAAAAAUCAAUACAGCCCGGAGUUGUCGGACUCUAGUCCGCGGUCACCGAUGCUCAAGUUGCUGGAGCUUGUGAAAAACAACGUUUGUGAGAAUGAUCUGUCGCACGGCGUGGUCCCUAUCGCUCCCCAUUCGGCGCAGGCACUUGGAAAGACGGAUCCACUAGAGACUCACGUGAAGGCAUUCACUUGUGGUCACCUAUUUCCAAAACGCGUGUUUGAAGAAGAGGUGGUUCCGGAGUUUGAAAAGCGCAUGAACGCGCUGCCAAUGCCUCUGUUUGCGACGAAGCUGGCUUUCACACGUGAGUUCAAGCGUGGCAUCAGUGAGACGCCAUGUCCCGUGUGCAGUUUUAACAAAAUUAGUCAGCUCGUGUUCCAACAUUACAAAACGAUGCAGCGGAACGAGUGUGUGGAUGAACAAGCGAGACCUGACAUCACCGGUAACUCAUCGCAGCAAGCAAAAAACACUCGUCAGCGAUUGCAGAAACCUAAAGCGCCGUACUACUUCCUUCAUCGGGAAGCUAGCGAAAGUCUCGGUUUCUCAGCUAAUGUUGAAACGAGUAAGUCGCUCAGGCAUGAAGUUUGGGAAUGGAGUGAGCAGCGAUUAACGUAA